CGCCAUGUCGGCCGCCCGCCCCCGGCGGUCCUCCAGCGUCCCGGCAGCCCCCGCGCCGCGCGGCCCCGCCCCGCCCCUCGCUCUUCGGCUGCGAUCGGAGCGUUCGGCCCGGUUCGGUCGCUUUCGGGCGGCUUCGGGCAGUGCCCGUUCGGGCGCCGCCGUUCGGGCCGGCGAAGGCGUUCGGAGGAGCGUUCGGAAGAGCUCGGCUUUCCUCGCCACCGCCUCCAGCCGCCUUCGGGCGAGAUCGGAAAAGACUCGAGCGGGUUCGGGAUUCUUCGACCCCGCGGGCCGGACCGCUCGGGGACUCGGCCCUGUUCGGGCGCGCUCGGGCGGGGAGGCCCGAGCUGUCAGGUAUCGCUUCGGGCCGCGGCCUCGGCCGCGUCCCGCGCUGGGAUUGGCCAGCCGGCAGGCAGCGCGGGCCCCGCGCCUCGGCAGCCAUCGGACGAGGCCCGGCAGCGCUCGGCACGCUUCGGGCCCCCUCGGAAGCGCUCGGCCCGCCCGGGGGGGGGCGCGUUCGGCUCCGCUCGGCUCCUCUCGGCUCCGCUCGGCCGCCGAGCGCCCGAGCGGCCUCGGGGGCCCCCCCCCACCGCCCCGGGGCCCUCUCGGCGGGGGUCGGGGCCGCUCGGGCGGGCUGGGUCCCGCUCCCCCCCCCCCCCGUCCCCCAAACCCCUCCCGGGCCGCCCCGCAUGGAGGACGCCGACUCGGCGGCCAAGCAGCUGGGCUUAGCGGAGGCGGCGGCAGCGGCGGCCGCAGUGGCGGCGGCGGCUGGGGAAGGAGCCGAACAGCAACAUCAACAACAACAACAGCGGGGGCCGCCACAGCAACAGCAGCAGCCGCAGCCCGCGGCCUCGGAGGCGAAGGCGGAGCGGCGGCAGGAAGAGGCGGCGCGGGUGACGGCCGUGACGGUGAUGGCGGCGGACGCCCAGCACCUCGAGAUGGCGGCCGGGGCCCUGCCCAGCGCCGACGAGGCCGCCGCCUUCGCAGAAGUCACCACAGUAACAGUAGCCAACGUUGGUGCCUCCGCAGACAAUGUUUUCACCACAUCUGUGGCAAAUGCAGCUUCAAUUUCAGGACAUGUACUGUCUGGGAGAACGGCCCUCCAAAUUGGGGACAGCUUGAAUACCGAAAAAGCCACUCUCAUAGUCGUUCACACAGACGGCAGCAUUGUGGAAACCACGGGGCUGAAGGGACCAUCAGCACCUCUCACACCAGACCGCAAUCUCCUCCUACCCCUUUAACAUCCGUCCAAGAGAAAACUGGAACCAAGUAUAACUGGGACCCAUCCGUGUAUGACAACGAGCUCCCAGUGAGGUGCCGGAAUAUCAGUGGGAUUCUGUAUAAAAACAGACUUGGCUCAGGAGGCCGUGGCAGGUGCAUUAAGCAAGGGGACAACUGGUACAGCCCCACCGAAUUUGAAGCUAUGGCAGGACGAGCCAGCAGCAAAGACUGGAAGAGGAGCAUCCGCUAUGCUGGGAGACCGUUGCAGUGCCUUAUUCAUGAUGGGAUUUUAAAUCCUCACGCUGCCUCUUGUACUUGUGCUGCCUGCUGUGAUGACAUGACUCUGAGUGGCCCUGUACGACUAUUUGUACCGUACAAACGGCGAAAAAAAGAUAGUGAAAUGUCUGCAAAUACUGUGAAGAAGGAAUCCUCCAAAAAUAUCACUCUGCUUCCUGCCACAGCUGCUACUACAUUCACCGUGACUCCUUCUGGACAGAUCACUACCUCCGGUGCUCUGACCUUUGACCGCACAUCGACAGUGGAAGCCACAGCAAUUAUCUCAGAAAGUCCAUCCCAGGGUGAUGUUUUCACAGGAGCCACUGUUCAAGAUACCAAUGUUCAACAGCCUUGCCGGGUCAAUCACCCAGAACCUCACUAUCCAAGUUACCAGGACAACUGUCAGAUUUCACCUUUCCCUGAAGCUGCACUGCCAACAUCUCAUCCCAAAAUUGUAUUGACCCCAAUCCCUGCUCUCUCAGUGCCCCCCUCAACCCCCACCAAAGCCAUCUCGCCAUCAGUGGUGAAUGGGCUGGAAGUGACCGAGCAACGAAGCUGGCUGUACUUGGAGGAGAUGGUCAACUCCCUGCUCAACACCGCCCAGCAGCUGAAGUCUCUCAUCGAACAGGCCAAGCAGGCCAGCUCCUCCUUCCGCGAGGCUGCUGUCACGCAAGCGAAAAUCCAAGCUGAUGUGGAGAGGAAAGAGCAAUAUCAGAACCAGUUAUUUCAGCAAACAGAAGAUGUGGACGGAAAAACAGAAAUCAUCAUCAAGGACUGGAAGGAGCACCAGCACAUCUGCGGUGAGUCAACCACGGUGACGGUGCAAGCCGACGAGGUGCAUGUCACGGACAACGUAAUGGAGAAAGUCUCCGUCUGAACAAACCUACCUCAUUAACCUUCCAUGAACAAUGUGGUGCAGCCGGCUGGAUCGGCAACCUGAUGUGAAUUGUCUGGCCUUUACAAACAAACUCCUUUUUGAAAGACUUUUUAAUACUGUGAUAGCAUUUGCUGACUCCCGAUCCUAUUCCAAAACUUUGAGUGAUGCGGGAACUGAGAAAACCUGAUCUGGAAAAAGCAAACUGCAGCCUAUCAGCUGGGAGCCACCUUCAACUUGAGGAAGCUUUGACUUUGCCAGACUGAAACCUCCACUGUGUGGAUUACAACAAUCUCUUCAUCUCUCUUGAGAUGGAUUUAAAACAAUUGCUGCAAUGAGAUUUGCCAGUAUUUUGUUUCCCCUGUGCCUCCCUACCUCUUGUUUGAAAAAAAGGAAUGAUCCUUCAUUUGGUUUAUUUAAUUGCCUUGAAAAAGUACAAACUCUUAAUUUGCCUUUGGAAGGACAUUUUUUUUCCCCUGUGUUCCCUCUGUGCUGGGCAAAUUUGGAACACAUUGGAGCUUCUGCACUUGAAUACGAGUGAAAAAUAACAUGUUGUUAAAUAAAAUGCAAUGAAAGCA